ACACUACACAGACUUUGAAACUCGUGUUUUCGUGUGUUCGUGAGUGUCCGUGCGAGUGAGACGGCGAGAUUCAAGACGGCGGCGUGGGAGUAAGAUGGGCGAUAAUGCUGAUGGGCAGUACAAGUACAGAACAACCCUUCCUGUUGCCCAAUUCAGCCGUGGCGACUUCUCCCUGUGGUCAGUCCUGAAGAACUGCGUCGGCAAGGAACUGUCCAAGAUCACCAUGCCGGUCGUGUUCAACGAGCCGCUAUCGUUCCUGCAGCGCAUGCUGGAGUACUUGGAGUACGCGCACUUGCUACGCAUGGCGUCUGAGCAGACGGACCCGGUGGCGCGCAUGGAGUAUAUCGCAGCAUUUGCGGUGAGCGCCCUGGCUUCCAACUGGGAGCGCCUGGGAAAGCCCUUCAACCCGCUCCUUGGAGAGACCUACGAACUCGAGCGUCCAGAAUUCAGGGCAGUCUGCGAGCAGGUAUCCCACCACCCCCCAGUGUCUGCGUUCCACGCUGACAGCCCCCACUUCGUGUUCCACGGCUCCGUGCACCCCAAGCUCAAGUUCUGUGGCAAGAGCGUCGAGAUCCAGCCCAAGGGUCAUGUCACCGUGGAGCUGCCCAGAUGGGGCGAGGCCUACACUUGGACUAACGUGAACUGUUGCGUUCACAACGUGAUUGUAGGCAAACUGUGGAUUGAGCAGUAUGGUGCUAUGGAAGUCACAUGCCAUGGUGGUGCAGGGCUCAAGGCUAAUCUGGCAUUCAAGCCCGCUGGGUUCAAUAAUCGAGAUCUACACCGUGUUGAUGGCUUCAUCACUGACCAGAAUAAAAAGAAAAUCCGCUUCCUCUACGGCAAGUGGACGGAGUUCAUCAAGGUCUGCAGCGCGGCCGCGCACGAGCAGUGGGCGCGGGAACAGGAGGCAAGCGCUACUCCGGCGCAUACACCGAAGAAAGUGCUGGCUAAGCUCAACAGCUUCAAAGUGGGCGCGCUGCGGUCUAUGUCUAUUCAAGACCCUGAAGACCCAGAUAAUGACGAGGUACCGAAGUCAGACGACACGUAUAACAUCGACAUUCCUGGCUCCACCACCCUAUGGGAAGCGAGGAGCCGACCCACCAACAGUGCACAGUAUUACCAAUUCACUGAAUUCGCCAUGUCGCUAAACGAGGUGGAGCGAGACAUGAAAGGGCAGCUGUGCCCGACGGACAGUCGGCUACGCCCAGACGUCAGGCUUUUGGAACAGGGCGACAUUGAUGCUGCAGCUGCCGAGAAGACACGGCUUGAGGAGAAACAGAGGACAGCCAGGAAAGCGCUAAAGAAAUCUGCUGAUGGAUGGCAAGCUAGGUGGUUCAGUCAAGGCACGAACCCCUAUACGAAACAGGAGGACUGGCUUUACAACGGCGGUUACUGGGACCGCAACUACCAACAUCUAAAAGACAUCGACAUAUUCUAAGAUCUCAUAA